AUGGGAGGGACAGGCAUUCUGCUGCUACUGCUGGCUGGGGCAGGGGUGCAGGUGGCCUGGAGAUCCGCAAAGGGGAAAUGCUCCCUGCGCUGUUCCUGCUCCAAAGACAGAGCCCUGUGCGAGGGCUCCCCGGACCUGCCCGAGAGCCUCCCCCCAACCCUGCUGUCACUCUCUCUCGUGAGGAUUGGAGUCACGCAGUUAAAGGCUGGCAGCUUCCUGAAGAUGCCGUCACUGCACCUGCUCCUGUUCACAUCCAACUCCUUCUCCGUGAUCGAGGAUGAUGCGUUUGCAGGCCUGUCCCACCUGCAGUACCUCUUCAUUGAAGACAAUGAGAUUGGCUCCAUCUCCAAGAACGCUCUCAGAGGACUCCGCUCACUCACACACCUUAGCCUGGCCAACAACCAGCUUGAGACCCUUCCCAGAUUCCUAUUCCGAGGUCUGGAGACCCUGACGCAUGUGGACCUGCGUGGGAACCCGUUCCAGUGUGAUUGCCGGAUCCUCUGGCUGCUGCAGUGGAUGCCCGCGGUCAAUGCCAGCGUGGGCACGGGGGCCUGCGCAGGCCCCACCGCCCUGGCCCAUCUGCAGCUCCACCACCUCGACCCCAAGACGUUCAAGUGCAAAGCCAUAGAGCUGUCCCGGUUCCAGACAGUCGGGGAGUCUGCGCUGGGUGUGGAGUCCUUCUCGUACCAGGGGGAACCCCAUGUCAUCCUGGCACAGCCCUUCGCAGGCCGCUGUCUGGUCCUCACUUGGGAUUAUGGCCUACAGCGCUUCCAAACCAAAGAAGAGCUGUCUGCGCCCUCAGUGGUGUCCUGCAAGCCGUUGGUGCUAGGCCCAUGCCUCUAUGUGCUGGCUGCUCGGCUGUGGGGCGGGUCACAGCUGUGGGCCCAGCACAGCCCAGACUUGCGACCAGCCCUGAUGCAGGCCCUGGCUCCACGGCAGCUGCUGCGACCCAAUGACGCUGAGCUGCUGUGGCUGGACAAGCAGCCCUGCUUCGUGGUGGCCGAUGCAUCCAAGGCAGGCAGCACCACACUGCUGUGCCGGGACGGGUCUGGCUUCUACCCGCGCCAGAGCCUGCAUGCCUGGCACCGGGACACAGACGCUGAGGCCCUGGAGCUGGAUGGCCGGCCCCAUCUGCUGCUGGCCUCUGUCUCGCAGCGGCCUGUGCUCUUCCACUGGUCGGGGGGCCGCUUCGAGAGGCGCACGGACAUUCCCGAGGCCGAGGAUGUCUACGCCACACACCACUUCCAAGCUGGUGGGGAGGUGUUCCUGUGCCUCACCCGCUACAUCGGGGACUCCAUGGUCAUGCGCUGGGAUGGCUCCAUGUUCCGCCUCCUGCAGCAGCUGCCCUCCCGUGGGGCCCACGUCUUUCAGCCCCUGCUCAUCGCCAAGGACCAGCUGGCUAUCCUGGGCAGCGACUUCGCCUUCAGUCACGUCUUCCGUUUUGAGCCCGACAAGAAGCUCCUGGAGCCACUGCAGGAACUAGGCCCCCCCGCCCUGGUGGCCCCCCGAGCCUUUGCCCACGUGGUGAUGGCGGGCAAGCGCUUUCUCUUUGCUGCAUGCUUCAAAGGCCCCGCGCAGAUCUACAGGGUGCGCGAAUUAGACCUCAGCGCCUGA